CGCCCUAAAGCGAAAGCCUACGCAACAAUUUCGUGUCAUGUGUAGGUUUGCAAAACCGUACAGCUGGUGUGUACUGACAAACUCCCAUGACGCUAGGACACUAGGAAUACCCUUCAGGCUAUUUAAAACAACCUCCCGCCCUGCUUCCUUUCGUGAACUCAUGGUUAUUCUAGUUAUUUAUUUUUUCAAUACUGACUUCGCUGAUAGCCUACCUACAGUUCAUUCACUUAAGUUAGUUGUGGUUGGAUGUAAGAGCGUCUUUUAAAUAGCUAAAAUGGAAUAAUAAAAACUAAAGUAACAAAAUGUGGGACGUUUACAGGUCAAUCUGCCCAGAAUCAAAUAAUUCUUGUGUCAUUUUGUUGUAAUUCACAGAGGGAAUAGUUAGUGAGGGUCAUACAUAAAUCCUUAACUUGACCCACGUUUUUUGCGUUCCGAUGUGCUGAGGUUUUACUGACUAGGUGUGUACCCGAUGACGCACCAGGUGAAAGAUAUAUAACGCCUAAAGACACGUACUGAGCUAGUAUAGACCACAAACGAACAAUGGAUGAGAAUCAGCAGAAGUCUGUUCUUAAAGAAGGAUUCCUAGUGAAGCGGGGACACCUAGUUCACAACUGGAAGGCUCGCUGGUUUGUGCUCAUGCCAGAUACGUUGAUGUACUACAAAUUUGAUGGGGGCAAGAGAGACUCAUCUCAACGCGGAAGAAUAUUGUUGACCGAAUGCGAAAUAACGUGUCCGUUUCUGGACUUUGACAACCGGCCGCUGGUCUUCAAGCUGCGGACCAAGUGUUCAGCUGAGCAUUUCCUGGAGGCGUGUUCUCGCGAGGAGCGGGACCAAUGGGUAGCGGACAUCCGUGCGGCCGUGGAGAAACUCCGCCCAGCAGAUUCGUCUCCCUCCAGCCAGCCUAAGACCCCUGUACCCGGGUCAUUACAACUACACGAUGUCAGCCUGAAUCAGGUGGUGGACUCCAUGUAUGAUGUCCACAGUGGCAUCAAGCUGUCCAGCCACGCAGAACAGGCCAUCACCCACAGAAACUGCUUCACAGGUUCUGCAGUGGUGGACUGGCUGAUGUUCAGUCAGCGGGCUCUGACCCGUGUCGAGGCCGUGACCCUUGCCUCGGCCAUCCUGGAGGAAGGUUUCCUCCGGCCCGUGGGUCUGAGGAGCUUGGAGGCCCAGCGCAUCCAUGAACUCAGCGAGCAGUUCCUGGACGAUUCCACCGCUCUGUACGGCUUUCAGGCAGAGAAUUUUAAAAAGAGAGGAAGUGUGAAGGCGGACACGUCCCCGUCGAAUUCAGAGCUGAGCGGGAAAGUCGUCAAGAGGGGCUAUCUUCUGAAACAGGGACACAAGAGAAAGAACUGGAAGGUCAGACUGUUUGUGCUGCGCUCAGAGCCGGGGUACCUGCACUACUAUGACCCCAGUAAGGAUGACGUCAGUCCAGCGGGAGGGUUCUCUCUUCGAGGCUGUCUGGUCUCUGCUCUGGAGGAUAAUGGGGUUCCUUCAGGAGUAAAGGGUAAAGUACAAGGAAACCUGCUGAAGGUCAUCACUCAGUCAGAUGCCCACUACUACAUCCAAGCCCCCAGCAGACAGGAGAAGAUGGAGUGGAUAGAAGCUAUCAAGGCACACAGCUAGUGUUGGACAUCACCUGGACACCUCGAUCCUUGAAGAAUAUAAUGUGUGAACUUAGUUAAACUGGCAUUAACUGUCAGAACCUGACGAGGAAUGCUUUGUUUGUUUUUUUAUUCAACCACAGAUUAUUGAUUUGUCUUCAGUGCUUUAGGUCAACCGUUGGGUCAACUUUGUGUUUUAACUUUGAUCUGAGGUUAUACAUUCCAUGAAUGUAACAAUAUACAGUUACGUUUGGAAUAAUCGUAAACAUGUAAAUAGAUUUAUAAUUUGACUCUGUUGUUUGAGUGUUGAAUAAUGUAUGUUGUGUGAAUCAAUUUCAGUACUGUGUGUGUGCGUGUGUGUGUGUGUGUGUGUACAUGUAAAUCAGUAGUUAUGUAGUUCAGGUACAGACACGUAGCCAGUGCUACUUCAUUUCACAGCCAUCUGGUUGAGGUUCAAACACACUGUGACCUGUGGGAAAUAACAUCAUGCUUGCAGCCAGACCAGACCAGACCUGUCAUCCAUAAACACACUACAUUGCUUAAGUAUUCAUCCCUCCUUGGACUUUCACAAUGUGUUGCGUUUCAAGUGCGACUGAAGUGUAUUUAAUUGUGUUUUUUUAAUUUUAUAUAAAUUAUCUCCUCAAAAUACUCUGUCAUGUCAAAGUGGAAGAACAAUUCAAUGAAAAAUAAAACGCUAAUAAACUUUGAUAAGUA